CGCGUAAUCUGUACGUUGGCGCUGGGAGGGACGCACGACUGCAUCCCAACACGGCGAGCGUUCCCGCCUAUCUACAUAAUUCGCGUAACAUUUGACUCAUUCCGAAUUUUAAUAUGCAAUUCCAAAAUCGAAAUUUCGUUUAUUUAGUAUCAAAAUUUUAAUUUAAAACAUUUUCGAAUUCGUAAAUAGUUUUAUUGUUUUGUUCUAUAUAUGAUAAAUAUUUAGAAUUUCAAUAUUUGCUGUGCCUCUAUUAAAAUCGCGUGGAUGUGGCGAUUUUUGACGCGAAAUAAACAAGUGGCGGCCAUGAUGGGCUUACUCACCGUCGCCGCUUUGGUCGUCGUUGUAAUGACAACUAAAGGUAGCGAAGGUGGCCAUGCGGCUGCCAAUGAUGAAGAGCCUGAGGAUAUCAACAACGAUCCUAAAGUUUUUUCCACAUUCAGGUUGCCAACCAACGAUAGAUUCAUGGCGUCUAUAGGCAAUGGUCACGUAGCAGCGAACGUAUUCAGCGAUACGGUCUACAUGAACGGAUUGUAUAACGGGAACAAAGGCGAGAGUCAUCGUGCUAGGAUACCUAACUGGGCCAACAUCAGACUGAAUUCGACCUUAUCGCACAUCCCGUACAGUCCAGUUUACUCUUUAGAUACAAAAGAAGGCGCCUUUAAAGUCAGAGUUGAUAGAGAGAGGUCGAUUGUGACGCAGAGGAUAUUCGCUCAUCGGUAUUACACGAGGGCUAUUAUUAAUCAGAUCCAAGUUAUGGCUAAAGCGCACGCCGAACCAAAUUUUGUUCGCCACGAGAUAUGGAUUGCGAUACAAUUAAUUCCUGGACCGGAUAGCGAGGAUAUCGGCUUCAAGGAUCCCGUUCCCGAGAUAAUUGAAGGACGCACAGUCCGGAGUACGUGUGGUCAAACUUUGAAAUCGGAGGAUAUCGUAUAUCAGCCACUGCCGGUGGAGGUCUGCGUGUUCUGGACGUCGGUGCCUGAUCACUUGGUGGCCCCGCAGCACGGGUCCAGGGUUUUCACGUUUGUUAUGACAGCGGAUACCAAUAGGACAGUUGCCAGAGAGGAGAUGAUCAGAGUUCUACAAGAAGACGGAGAAGAGCUUUACGAUAAGCACGUGGCCGAGUGGCAGAAGCUUCAUCAGCAAGCUCACAUUGAAAUUGAAGGGAAUUUGAAAGUUGCAAAGGUUGUAAAUGCAAUCUGGUACUACUUCCUCAGUUCGUUGCCUUCGGAGGAUUCACAUCAGCCAUUAGGCAGGUUUUACGGCCUCAGCCCAACAGGACUCGCCAGAGGAGGGACUUUGGAAGAUUACGAAGGUCACAAUUUCUGGGACACCGAAAUCUGGAUGUUUCCUUCUAUUUUACUUCUAUAUCCGAAGUAUGCGGAGAAAUUGCUCCAAUACAGGCUUGACGUAGCCUACGUGGCUGCUCAGCUGGCGAAGGUCACAGGACACAAAGGUUAUAGGUUUCCAUGGGAGAGUGCAUACACAGGGGUGGAAGUGACACAGCCGUGCUGUCCAGAGGUCGCAAAGUACGAACAGCAUAUAACCGCCUGCAUCUCGUUUGCCGUGAGGCAGUACCUGGCUACCACCAGGAAUGAGGAGUGGCUGAAGCACGGCGGAUGCGAUAUAGUUACGAAUAUAGCUGACUUUUGGGCUUCUAGAGCGGUCAUCAAUUAUAAUACUGGACUAUACGAUAUUGAAAACGUUAUGGGACCCGACGAAGAUCACAGCAACAUAAACAAUUCAGCCUUCACCAACGUCGUAGCCGGAUAUUCGCUGUACUUAGCCCAAUAUGUAUCGUGCCUGUGCAAAUCGUAUUAUUCAGUGGAAGACCCGGAUCACUGGGCGGAUAUAGCGUGGAGUCUUUAUCUGCCUUACGACGAGAAAAACGACUAUCAUCCACAGUACGAAGGCUACGUGCGCGGAGAGUCCAUCAAACAAGCUGACGCGGUCUUACUAGGAUACCCUUUGUUGUAUAAAAUGAAUACGACGACGAGAAAAAACGACAUUGUUUAUUAUGAAUCAGUUACGAGGAAGUCUGGUCCAGCUAUGACUUGGAGUAUGCAUACUAUAGGAUACUUGGACGUAGAAGACAAAGCAAAGGCUGGAGCCAUGUUCAGCGAGAGCUACCAGAAAUACGUCAGAGAACCUUUUAAAGUCUGGAGUGAGUUGCAAAGCCCCCAGGUCGGCGCUGCGAAUUUCUUCACUGGGAUGGGAGGGUUCCUGCAGACAUUGAUCUUCGGCUACGCCGGAAUCAGAAUCCAUUUGGACAGGAUAGAGAUUACAAGGCCGCAACUGCCGCCAGAAACGAAAGAAUUUAAAAUAAAAGGUAUUAAAUAUUUAGGAUCGAGUCUGUCGAUGCAUAUCCAGGCGACCAGCGUCACGCUGACGGUGUCGUCGGUACACGACCAGUGGCCGUUAGUCAUGAACGACGGGAGAUACAACGUGACGCUCACUCCUGGCAUGACAGUGACACUACCUAAGGAUGGUAUUUCGACUAUUCGUGCUGUACCAUGGAAAGACUGCAAGCUGCCCGCCGAUAUUAUUGGGCAGAAUUAUCUGAGGCCUAUUGGAUCAUAGAGUAAAUUAACUUUGUGCAAAAUAUACCAAGACUUAAUAUUAGAUGUUCAAGUUUUUGUGUCCCAUUUUUUGUAUGGAAUUCAUAAUAUUGAUGAUAAUCGAAUAACGAACGUUUUUUUCUGGUUUGAUAAUCCGAAACCAGUUUUCUGAAAUGAAUUAGCGGAUUAACAAAAUUGAAACCUAUUGUAA